AUGAUGAGCGACCGAUUUGAGCUGCACUGGAGCGUGAACGACACCGACGCGACGAUUCGCAUUGCCGUGAAGGCUCAGACCGCGGGAUGGCUCGCUAUAGGCCUCUCCGAAGUUGGCACGAUGGUAGGAUCUGACGCCCUCGUCGCAUGGAUCGCAGAGGAGCGUGUGUAUGCGACGGACCGUUUCAUCUUCAACAAGACGGUGGAAGGCGUCGCAUUGGACGAUCAGCAAGACUGGCGCGUGCUGGGCGGCAGCCAGACCACGGACCAAUCCACAGGCGACACGUGGACCACCGUGCAUGUGUGGCGCCAGCUGGAUACCGGCGACUGCAACGACCGCCCCAUCAUCGCAGGGCGACUGCACAACGUCAUCUGGGCGAUGGGCGAAACCAGCGAUUUUGGUUACCAUGGGACGUCAUCUCGUGGCUCCGUGGCGCUCGUGCUGGUACCCGCGCCAGGCACCUCCAUUCUUGCGCCCCCGCCGCCCUCUUCCGUCUCCUCCGCGUCUGUGGAAGCGAGCAGUCAGUCCGCCGCGGAUCUCGGGCAGGCGAACGGGCAGGUGAAGGAGCGGCAGUUGAAUUGGACUCUGAGCAACUUUGCGGUGCCUGCCAGUAACGCCACGACUUAUGUGUGCAAGGUGUUUGACGUGCCAGGCACCAGCAAGGUGCACAUAGUGGAGUUCGGCGCUCUCCUCAACUCCACCUAUACGUCCUCCGUGCACCAUGGCGUCAUCUACGGCUGCUCCCAGGAGGAAUAUCCCAAUGUUGCUAACGCUACUGGGCCCUUUGACUGUAUCAGCGACCUCCCCUGUCACACAACCGUCGCCAUGUGGGCUAUUGGCGGGCGCCCCUUCGUCUACCCCGAUGGGGUCGGCUACCCUGUGGGUCGCGGUUACUUCACCAAAUUCGUGCUGCAGAUGCACUUCAACAACCCUGACCUCCGCUCCAACAUUGUCGACAGCUCUGGAUUCUACCUCAAAAUCGCCGACCCUCCUCGCGCCACCGACGCCGGCAUCAUGCUAACAGGCCCGAUCGACUACACCUCGCUCAUCCGCAUUCCCCCCAGAAUGCCCUCGUGGACUCAGAUCAGCACCAUAUUGCCCCAGCAGCUGUUUACUGAUUUGUACCGGGAAGGGCGGAAGGUUGCUGAGAUUGAUCGCCUGGACUACUACAAUUCCAACUGGCAGCAGGUGCAGCCCAUCUACCCGCACUUCCAGCUGCUUCCAGGGGACGAGCUCAGGACGACGUGCGUGUGGGACUCCUCCUCUCGCUCCCAGGUGACACCUGGCGGCCCAGCAACCAGCGAUGAAAUGUGUGUGGGUUACCUCAUUUAUUAUCCAGCCAGGCCAGCCCAAGUGCUCGGUUCGUGCUUUGACUUCUGUGCGGCGUGGGACAGCGCCAACAAUACAUUUGAUAUGAACCCCAACAGUCCCAACCUCACCACAUUCUACCUCUGUGGCGGCCUCGACAACCCCUACAUUCCCACCACCAAGAAGUGCAGCAUGAGUCAUGGCGCCAACAUGCCUUUCAAAGCCCUCACCGGCUGCCCUGCUAAGACUGCAGGCUCUUUGGCCUCCCUCUCAAGCAGCAACACUUCAGUCCCAGUGUCACCACCCACGAAUGGCUCUGCUCCACCAUCUCCCACUAGCCCUCCCAACAACUCAACUGGCAGCACCAACCCCACCAAGGCUGCUCCAGCCUUGUUUGCCAAGCUGUCAAUGGGUCUCUUUACUGUCGCCUCCAUUCUGGUUGUGUUCAUGUAG